AUUGAUUCCAUUUCUGCUUUUUAAAAGCUUCUGCUGCUCUGAAGGCUGUACUGUGGAAUGGAAGAAUAAAGUCUGAAGAACUAAACCAUGUUUGCUCUCUUCUGGAUAACUGUGCUUUUCUCUUUGAGUGGCUCCAACACAUCUACAGUUGCAUCCGCCUUGGGAAGACCUUUCUGUUCCAAUGGAUUCUGCAUCACUCUUAAUGAGGGACAAAUAACAGCCGAGGCUGGACUCUGUGUUGUGCUGCCAUGUUCCUUCACCACUGCUGAUGAAUUUACACCAAAAAAUAUCGUCUGGUUCAAAUGUGAAUCAUGGAAAAGGAAAUGUGGAGACUCUGAUAUAAUAUUUCACACCAACCCCAACAAGAUUCAACCUGAAUUUUUAGGACGAGUUUUACUGUUGGAUCCUGAUGUGAGCCAGAGGAACUGUAGCAUCAUGAUCAAUGACCUCACCACAUCUGAUUCUGGAUCAUAUCAGCUCAGAGUUAAUGGUCUUCAGAAUGGAAGGACAGAUGGAUUUAUGUUCACUUCAAAAACAAUUGUCUCUGUUAAAGAUUCACUUAAGAAGCCCACUGUGACGAUUCCUUCACUGAUUGAGGGACAACAGGCCAUUUUGACCUGCACUGCUCCGGGUCUCUGCAGUGGGACUCCUCCUAAAAUCACCUGGAGGCAGGGAGGAGAAGUAGACCUUAAGUCCAUCAUUCCAGGAAAUAUCACUGUUUCUUUAGAAACUGAGAAUCGGACUGCUGUCACACAUAGAGACAGCUCAAAUCUGACCUUUAUCCCAUCAGCUGAACACCACAACACCAAUAUAACCUGUAAGGUCAGCUUCAACAACCACAAAACUACAGAGGAGACCAUAACACUGAAAGUAAACUAUAAAAGACAACCUCAGAUCACUGGAAAUACAACUGUUAAAGAGGGAGAUGCUCUGAACCUGACUUGCAGUGUUGAAAGUUUCCCUCAAUCACUUGUCGUGUGGACUAAACAUUCACCAAAUGGAAUUUACCUCCAGAAUAACACUGGAUUGGCAACAUUUGUCAUCUUGAAUGUGACAUCUGAGGAUUCUGGACAGUAUGUCUGCACAGCAACUCAUCUGGGCGACACAGUGUCUGUAUACGCUGAUGUAAAAGUGACUUGGUUUUCAAAGAUCCUAAAAGGUUCUGGAUGUGCGCUUCAGUCAGAACUCCUGACCUGUGUGUGUAUCACUAAGGGGUUUCCUCUGCCCACCAUAACGUGGCCGCUGCUAAAGGACCACACUGUAUACACUGUCAUUAACACGGUGUCAAACCACACUCUGAACACCACUGUCACCCUAUCCCUAAACAAACACCACAAUUUCAGUGUUGAAUGUGACAGCAGCCACGAAAAUGGGGAAGCAAAAGAAAACCUCACAGUCCAACAACACUUCCUGGAUAAAGAAGCCAUUCAGUCCAAAACUAUUUUAGAAACAGUUUCCAGGGUGGACAUCAUCAUUGCCUUUCUGAUUGGGUUUCUACUUUCAGCUACCAUUUGCUGUUUGGCUAUCAAAUGCAACAGAAAAACACUGAAGAACUCUGGGAAUUUGGAUGAAACUCUGAAGAUGGUCUCUCAAGUUGAUCCACUGAUCGACCGUGCUCAAGCAGUUCAAAAUGAUAAAACUCAUGUCCAAGAGGAAGCUGGUAAUGGAGCUAUGGAUGCAGAUAAGUCUUCUUCAGAACUCAUGUCAGAACUCAGCAGCAGUUUAAAAGAUGUGCAAUAUGCCAGCAUUGAUUUCUCCAUCAUGAUGAGAAGAAGUUCAAGAGAGGUAGCAAAGGAACAAGAGAGCACAUUGACAGAAUAUGCAGAAAUUAAAACUGGAGCAAAGGACCAAAAGAAAGAUGAAAGUAAAGGGGCAAGUAAGACGGUGGAGGGAAAAGAGGAGGAUCUGAUGACAAAACACGAUGACGAGAUAAAACAGGUUGUCUCUGAGGAGCAAGAAGGAGACGUUGAGGCAAUUUACUCCACUGUGAGAGAUGUUUCAGAUAAGAUCUAAGACCUGUGCUCCAAUAGCUAGAGCCUUUUUUUAUUUUUCUCACUGUGCACACUCUGACAGUGGAAUAGCAGCACUUUUACGCUCUAUUCCACAGUGUAAAUAGUAAAACCAGUUUAAUUAUUUUACACCAAAACAAAUGCAACUCACGUCUAACUGCAUGAGUUAGAGUUAAUCCUCCAUCCAUUGGCUUUACCCGCUUGCAGGGUCGCGGUGUGUGUGGAAGGUGGAGGGGGAGAGGGUGAGGAGAGGUGUGGGAGUGCAAUGACUGCUGGCUUCUCUUUAGCAGUGAUUGGGCGAGAGGCUGGGUUACAUACUGAACACCAAAGUGCAACGCAGAGACACACAGGGCAAACACCCAUCCACACACACACACACACACACACACACACACACACACACACACACCUAAGGGUAAUUUAGAGUAACCAAUUAACAAAGUGUCAAAGUGAAGUUACAAGUCUUUAGAAUUAAGUAAAGUCAAGUCUAAUAAACUCCAUGCAGAAAGACCCCAGACCGGGAUUCUAACCUAGGACCUUCUUGAGGCAAGGCAACAGUGCGACCAACUGCUACACCAUGCAGCCCUGAAACAGACUUGUCGUUAUUUAAAAAAUAUUUUUCAAGACAUGCACUGUAACACCUCCUGCUUAAGCUAAUAGCUCUAAUUAAGUUUAUAGUAAUUAUAAUGAGUUGUUCUGUCUUUCAAAUACUCAUCUCUACAUCUUGUAAAAAAAUGAGGUAUGCCUUUUGAUUUAGUAACGUUCUGUUUGCAAUGUUCUGUUUGUGUUGCAUACAGGUCAGACCUGUUUUGCAUACAUAAGUAAUUCAGGAUGACACUUCCUCACUAUUUUUUUUUUUCUCAUCCCAGUCUUUCCACAAUGUUUCUUUUACUGAAUUCAUCUUGGUAACAAGGUUGAAAAAACAUUAUUCUGUAGAACCUGAAAAAUAUGAAUUUACAGUGAUUUUACUUUCACACUAGAAUACAAUUUACAUCUUACUGGUCAUCUGGUUUUGUCUUGGUCUGUUCAUUUCUUGCUGGUCUUGAAGCGGUUUUUUGUAUUCUGUCUUGUUCUGUAUUUUCACUUUUAAUGGCUUGGAUGUUUAUUGAUGAAGUCUUGCCUAAACUUGAUAUCAAAAAAUAAAACUUGAAAGAAUUGCUGAA